CGCUACUCCAAUAUUAAAUGCUCAUAAUGUAGAUCCAAUCAAAUAUGUUGGUGAAGAUGGUAAUCCGUUCGGUCGGGACAUUAAAGGAAUUUUUAAAGGAUGUUGUGCUAGCGUUAAAGUAACAGAUAGUUAUUCUGAUGGUAUUAGAUAUAUAAUAUUUAAUGGAUUAAAAGGACUAUCUGAUUGGGACAUUGGAGAAGUAUCAGAAAACGAAGAAUAUUCUAAAGCACUUGCAAGAUCAAAAUAUGGGUUGGCGCCAUCUGGAUGGACAUUGGACACUACACGUAUAUGGGAAUAUUUUGCGUUCGGAGUGGUUCCUGUCGUCAUUGCUGAUGGGAUUAUUGAACCUUUUGAGGACGACGUUGAUUGGGAUUCUAUGAUUGUUAGGAUCCGACGUAAUGAUGCUCAUAGAAUUAAUGAAAUAUUGGAUGCAAUUCCAGAAGAUGAAUACCAAAGAAAAC